AGGGUUCAACUUACUCAGCGUGGCGUGAGAGCGUUGUUCCCACGCUACAGCAGCGCCAGGGAUCGCCCAUACAGCUGUGCGAACGAUCAUCCAUUGUUCAGCAUCACAACAGCUCAACAACAGCGUUAGACUUGCCACCACAAUGCGAGCAAUGACGCUGCGCUGCAUCCUCGCGGUGACAGCGGCAUUGGCACCGCAUCAUCAUGACAACGGCCGAACCGCGCGGAGGUUGAUCACAGCUGAAGCGAGCCCUGGAAAAGCUCCGCGCGCGGCCGACUCAGACCGCCGCGGCGCGUUGCACCGGUUCGCGGCCGGCGCAACCGCCGUCGUAGCGCCGCGAGCCUAUGCCAAGCCGCCGCCGACGCUGCAGGGCGCCUACGCCUCGUUCAACGCCGGCAAGUACGACGAGGCCUUGACGGCGUUCGAGGCGCUGACGACCGCGGACGACAACGACGCGACGGCCUGGGAGGGCAAGGGCACCGUGGAGCUGAUCCUCGGCUCCCAAAAAGCGACGCUCGGCGUGGAGCCCACGGGCACCGCGAAGGAGCUCUGCGAGCGCGCGGUGGCGUCGCUGCAGCGGUCGGCGUCGCUCUCCGACGACGCUCUGACGCUCAACAACCUAGGCAACGCCCAGGCCGUCUUGCUGCGCUGGAGCGACGCGGCCGAAUCGUACCAGAAGUCGUUGGAUGCGGCGCUGGCGUCGAAGCGCGACCGCGGCCUUGCUUCGAUCCCCGCAUCCAAUAGAGCGCAGGUGGCGAUCGAGCUUGGCGAUUUGAAGGACGCGGCGCGGCGCACCGAAAAUCUGUUGCGGAGGGACCCCAACUUCGUCGACGGCCGCGCCCUGCUCGCGGCGAUCCGCUACAAGCUGGGCGACGCGAACGGCGCCGAGGAAAGCUACGCGCAGCUCUGCGUCCCGGGCGUAAAGUCGCAGCGCGGCGCGGUCUUCACCGACGGCAUCGGCGGCAGCGACUGGUGCGAGCUCUACGCGUCGACCGACGUCGUCAGGGGCCGCUGGACGCCGACGACCAUCGGGGCCUACGAGGCGUUUCUGAAGAGCAGGGACCCGCGGGCCCGGGUCGCCGCGAAUACCAGAGACUUAUAAUGUGUGAUAGUAAC